AUGACGAAUACCGCGACCCUAUGGAACAGCACUGAUGUUUCAAGUCGCGACGAAAUCGCUGAAAUAUCAAAUUUAACAAACUUACUAAACACGACUACGGCGAUCGGGCAUAGCGACAUAGCCAUGGAUAUUUUACAGAAUGGGAUUUCUUACUAUUGGGACAACACCUCUUAUACGGAUGUACUGAAUGAUACGUUGGUGGAGUACGUUUUACCGCCGGUUUGGUGGUCAGUUUUACAGGCUCGGUUGGCGAUUGCCAUACCUAUAUUCUACGGCACCGUGUGUCUGUGUGGAUUCAUCGGCAACUUGUUGGUUAUUCUCGUCAUACUGCGAUUUUCUAACAAGAACUCUCUCCCAAAUAUUUUUAUUCUCAAUCUAGCAAUCGCCGAUUUUCUAUUCAUGCUGGCCAUGCCGUUUCUGGCUUUCCAGCACGGCACCGGCAAGUGGGUAUUUGGGCGAGUUCUUUGCAAACUUAUCUUCCCUUUCGAUAGCGUCAACCAAUUCGCAGGCGUGUUUUUGCUAACAGCCAUGAGUAUUGAUCGACAUUUGGCCAUUGUUCAUCCGUUAAGAUUUCGACGAAUUCGCACCGUCCGGACGUGUCGCUUGACAUGCAUUGCCGCCUGGAUAGCAGCGAUUGUACUCUGCAUUCCGAUGUGGAUUUACACGGAUACCGCCACCAGCUUCAGAAACUCGAACAACACCAAGGUGUGUGCUAUCCAAUGGCCGUAUUCAAACUUACAAAGCACGUUCAUCAUAUACGCUCUUACAAUAGGAUACAUGUGUCCAUUGUCCAUUAUAUGCACAUGCUACUUCAAGAUCUUGUACCAUGUCUCACAGAACAAAUGUCCUGGUGUGAGAACGGGAAAGCGCAGAGGCUCAAGGCGCAUCGCCACAUUAGUGAUCGUGGCCGUUAUAACAUUCGCUAUAUGCUGGUUUCCAUUCUACGCCAUCAAGGUGUACGUCAUUUUUCUCAGGCGUGACUCCAGCUUAACCCGCAACGUGGUGAUAUUUGACUACGUCGGUAUAUGUUUAGGCUACGCUAACAGCGCCGUCAAUCCAGUUAUAUAUACGUUCGUUGGAAGGAACUUUAAAGAGAAUGUAGUCCGUCUGUUAAGGUGCUGCAAAAAGACAACACAAUCUGAGAUAACUGUAGCACAUUGUGCAUCGAAAUCAUCAAACAAAUUGAACCACGUGAUCAUCGAGGAGAAUACGAGCACUUGGCUGUAG